AGCCGAGUGAGCGGAAGCAGAGCUUCAGUCAGUGUGCUGGCACAGAGGGAGGCUGCGGUGACUUCUUCGUUUCUUUAUUUCGCACAGGUAUCUCGCUCCCCUUCCUCGCCACAAGUCACCUGGAUUUUUAAAAAAACAAAACAACAAAGAAACAGCAAAAGAAAAACAACAACAACAACAAAGAAAAUUAUUUAAAAAAAACAAAAACAAAAAAUACGACGUGCCCCUCCACCCGAUGUGAAAAAGAAAGAGGGGGAAAGGAGAGCAGAUAAAACAGAAGAGAAAUGGGAGCGUUUAGGGUGCUGCUGGGGAGUUUGCAUUACAUGGGACUCUACAUUCAACUUAGUGUCUCCACACGGCAAACUGGACACGGCGAGGUAGAGAACCACAUCUCCGGGAACGCAAUGUUCACAGAGGUGCCUCACGAUAUGACCGCCCACAGAGGUCAGGAUGUGGAGAUGGCCUGCUCCUUCAGAGGGGCGGGAACGCCCUCGUAUUCACUGGAGAUCCAGUGGUGGUACAUCAGGAACCAUCUGGACUGGACGGACAGACAGCCCUGGACGACCAAUGAAGUGGCUCCUGAGGAGGAGAUGCCGAAGGAUGCCACAAAGAUAAGUGUUGUAAAGGUUGUAGGAAGCAACAUCUCCCAUAAACUCCGCCUCUCCCGAGUCAAGCCGUCUGACGAAGGCACCUACGAAUGCCGCGUCAUUGACUUCAGCGAUGACGCAGGUGCCCGCCACCACCGCGUCAGGGCCUACCUGCAGGUGGUGCCGGAGAGCGACGGCAACCACAAUGACAACUUCGAGGCCGCGGACGAUACCAAGAGGGGAGUGGGAUUCGCCGACGGGGACGACAUGGAGUCUCACGGUGGCGCCAGAGAGCAAGCUCACGGCCAUCACCAGAAUCACGGGCACCACCAGGAGCACGGCAAGCAGCGGCCUUCGUCGCCGGCUCACCACGGCCACAGCCACAGCAGCAGUCAGCAGCACAAGGCAGGCAGAGAGCUGAGGAAGAGGGACGUGGACAGUAACCACAGCCACAAUGACUGCACCAACGAGCCGAGCUGUGCACCGUAGACGUUGGCCCAAUACACCUGAGUGAUAGAUUGCAUAACAUGAUGUGUGUCACAGCAUAGAAAAGCUACUCUUCCCACACAGAAGCAGGCCUGUGCACAAAUCCCGAAUCCCUAGAAAUCUACAGUAUGUCUUAUUCAGAGCACAGCGCCUUAAACUGUGUGCAAGGGACGUAGCUUUUUGUUGCUGUGCAUGGGUCUGGGUUGGACUGCUCACUGUCUGUAAAGCUUGGCUUCACGGCAUUGAGCAAAGGGAGGGAGGGGUUGACAUGUAGAUCUAGGCAGCUCCACUGUUUCUGGUCUCAGCGCCAAAAAAAAAAAAAAAAAAAAAAAAAAAAGACUCUGGCCCUACUAUUAACCCAUGCUCUGUUCCACUCUUGUACUUUAGAUACUGUAAAUGACACAACCCUGCUUUCACGCUCAUACUUCUUCCACUGCCUUACUCUGUCAUUUGAAUACACCCACAGAAAAUAGCACCAUGGUAUACCUUUUGAAACUGGGUCUGUCCCCAGUACAAUAGAAUUAAACUCCACCAUCAGUUAAUUCUUCUCUUGGAAAUCCUGUCCUUAGCUUUUCACCUAAAGCACCUAGCUCUUUCUGUGCAUUCAAAUAAUGGACAUGGAUAUGGUGCAAAACAUGUGUACACCCAAAAUUCAGCUACUUAUUCAGUGUUUACUCGCGGGAAGAAAGAAACAUGCUUUCUUCAGCAGGAAAUUCAUCAAAGACCCAGAGCAUCAGCGCUCAUCAGGGACAGAUAUGUCCUCAUUUCAUUUCAGCUGGACUAAACGCAGUGGCAGUGUGGAAAAGCGUGGGAUUUCCCAACAACCAUGGGUGUUCACAAUUCAAACAAAGCACAUCACCGGCUGCAUUAUUCCCACAGCGCUUUUGAGUUUAUGAAACAACAGCGCAACAGAAAGUGUGAUUUUUAUUCAACCCCACCCCCACCCCACCCCUUCCCUUUGUGCCGCAGGUUCGAUCCGCUCAUGGCUGUUCACGCUGAGGGAAAUCAAUCAGAUUGUUCCAUGUGGACGCCACCUGUUUGGAAAGCCAUGAAAAAGAUCAAAUCUGUGCCGCUGAAUUACAAAUCUGAUUUGGUGUGCCACUGAAUCUGGAUUAGAAAUGAUUAGAACAAACGUGAUCUUGGUGCAAGAUACUUUUUUUGCAGAGCAGUGCCGUACUCCUGUCUAAGCUUAGUUCCCUUAUUCCGAUGCUCUGGCCCAGUGCUCAUCAAUCAUUAAAAAGCCUCAAUCCUCUCCACUACAAGCCUCUAAUCCACUGUAUAUAUGACUGUAUAAUAUGAAAUAAAGUGAGUGCAUGUUCAGUAAUUUUUCUUAAAAACUUUUUCAACCAACCAUACACAAAGACAGUGUGGUAGUUAAAGAUAUUUUUGUUUAUUUAUUAGUUCAUUUAAAAAAAAAAAAGUCCACUCUGUUCUGAAUCUUUUUUCCUACUUUAGAAGUCUUGUCAAAAAGAGUUUUUUUUUUUUUUUUCAUUUUCAAAGCAGUUCUCCGUUGCUUUACUGCUCUCCAAAAGUGCUGUACAGACAGAUGAAUGAAACAUUCUCUUCGUAGCUGCUCAGAAAUGGGGUUUCCCUAAUGUAUCUUAGUACUUAAAGCAGUGUUUCUUAAACUACUGUACUGGAUGUGCAGGGCUGCAAACAUGAGUAUUACCAUAUUUUAAUGAGCCUGAAAACCUGGAUUCAUUUCGUGCAGUUUGGGACUCGGUCUGAAAAGGUUUGAGAGGCCAUUUUAUUUCUGCCAUUUUUGUAACUUGACGAUAAUCUCUUUGCUUAGAUGCUUUGUGUGAAGCGCUGCCCUUGUCUGAAGCACACAGUGUGGGGCGUUUUUGGGACAAAUGCUUUGCUCUGAAGGAAUCAAACGGGACAAAGUGAAUGUGGAUAACAUCCCGGAUGAAGCCUUGAGCUGUGACGGUGAGAAGAAAGAGGAAAACGUUGUUAGUGAAACACUGAAAUUGGCGGUCUGUACGUCAAGUGCUCAAGUGGUUGUGGGCAGUCCUUGUAGACUGGGAGGAGUGAUCAGUUGGAUUGUUUUUUUGUUUGUUUUUUUUUCAACCAGUAACUUUGAUUUGAUGUUUUGUAAAGAAGAGCUCACUGUUAAAAAAAACAAAACAAAAAAAAAAACAAAGGGAAAAUGUACAUUUCUUCUAGAAUGUUUGGUCUCACACUAAGUGUAUGCCUUUAUCAAAUGAAAUAAAUUGUAUAUGAAACAACAUUUUCUCAUUGAUUUA